AUGACACUGCAGCUGCUGCUACUGUCUCCUGUGGCCGCAAAGGUGACAUACCCGCUGUUGGCGCCAAAAAUUUUGCGGGAAAAAUGCUUAUAUAAGGAAUUGGUGAAAGAGUUGCCUCCAUUGCGUUGUACAAAUCGCAUCGUGUUCGGUAUGGCUCGCACCAAGCAAACUGCUCGCAAAUCCACUGGUGGUAAAGCACCGCGAAAACAACUGGCUACCAAGGCGGCUCGUAAGUCUGCUCCGGCUACUGGUGGCGUGAAAAAGCCUCAUCGCUACCGUCCAGGAACUGUGGCACUCCGAGAAAUUCGAAGGUACCAGAAAUCGACUGAGCUUUUGAUCCGCAAGCUGCCAUUCCAACGGCUUGUCCGAGAAAUUGCCCAGGACUUCAAAACUGAUUUGCGAUUCCAAUCGUCAGCAGUGAUGGCACUUCAGGAAGCCAGUGAGGCGUACCUGGUUGGACUUUUCGAAGACACUAACCUCUGCGCCAUCCACGCUAAACGCGUCACCAUCAUGCCUAAAGAUAUCCAGUUGGCAAGAAGAAUUCGUGGUGAACGUGCCUAA